GCCCGUAGUCGGCGUCUCCAACAUGGCUGUUACCCAAGAUGUCCACGUCCGGAUCUGCAACCAAGAGAUUGUCAAAUUCGACCUGGAGGUGAAGGCACUUAUCCAGGACAUUCGGGAUUGUUCGGGACCAUUAAGUGCACUUACUGAACUGAACACUAACGUGAAGGAGAAGUUUCGAGAGUUGCGGCACAGAAUACAGGAGCUUGAGCAGUUGGCUAAAGAGCAAGACAAAGAGUCGGAGAAGCAGGCGCUGCUGCAGGAGGUGGAGAACCACAAAAAGCAGAUGCUCAGCAACCAGACGUCCUGGAGGAAAGCGAAUCUCACUUGCAAAAUCGCAAUCGACAAUCUGGAGAAAGCAGAGCUUCUCCAGGGAGGAGACCCCCUGAGGCAAAGGAAAACCACCAAAGAGAGCCUGGCCCAGGCGUCUAGCAGCAUCACGGAGAGCCUCAUGGGGAUCAGCAGGAUGAUGUCCCAGCAGGUGCAGCAGAGCGAGGAAGCCAUGCAGACGCUAGUCAACUCUUCUCGGACUAUCCUGGAUGCCAAUGAGGAGUUUAAGUCCAUGUCGGGGACCAUCCAGCUGGGACGGAAGCUCAUCACAAAAUACAAUCGCCGAGAGCUGACGGACAAACUCCUCAUCUUCCUUGCCCUGGCCCUUUUUCUUGCGACGGUUCUCUAUAUUAUAAAAAAGCGGCUCUUCCCGUUCCUGUAGGACCCGAGAGCAGCCAGCGUGUGCCCUUUGAGCUCCGGCAUCAGGAUCCAGCGCGCUCCCGAACUCCUGCCUGGGCUGCCAACCCACCCGCCUGCCCCGGGCAGUUCUAGUUGCUCAGCAGGUCGGAUGGAGACAGUCCCCCAGGUUUUUGCUGGUGGCUGCCUUGUAACGGGCGAGCAGAGCAAGGGGAGGCCUGUCGUCAGGAUGCCUACAGGGACAGGGACUCCAAGAGCCAUCGCGCAUUAUGAUGGCGGCCUCGCGAGGCACUCAGAGGCCACCCUCUGGGGUUUGACGGUCCCCCUUUUCGUCUCCUGAGGUCGUGUCCCUGCCAGAUCUGGUGGAGGCGGGGGAGAAGGGGGGA